AUGCGAAACGCAUCAUUCGAUAUGCGCAAACAGAUUCAAAUGGCAAAUAAAGUAGCAUUUAUUAUAAGGACUUCGAAAUCAAUAAGGGAGGGAGGGGUAGGGGGUCCGGGAAAUUGCAUUGCACGGAUUAAACGCGAGGAUGUGGACGUGGACGCGGACGCGGAAUUGGACGCGGAAGCGGAGUUGGACGCGGACGCGGAAUUGGACGCGGAAGCGGAGUUAGACGCGGACGCGGAAUUGGACGCGGAAGCGGAGUUAGACGCGGACGCGGAAGUGGACGAGGACGCGGAAUUGGACGCGGAAGCGGAACCGGACGCGGACGCGGAAUUGGACGCGGACGCGGAAGUGGACGCGGACGCGGAAUUGGACGCGGAAACGGAAUUGGACGCGGACGCAGAAUUGGACGCGGAAGCGAAAAUGGAAGUGGAAGCAGAAUUGGACGCGGAAGCGGAAUUGGACGCGGACGCGGAAUUGGACGCGGACGCGGAAGUGGACGCAGACGCGGACGUGGACUCGGACGGAAUCUUGCGCCUGUUAGAGCAUCACCUCCGACAGAACUUUCCUGGACUACAUGAUCCUACAAAGCUCCUUCGAGACUUUUUUGAUAGACUCCGCUUUCUUGUAAAACAUCUUGCAGGCCUGACGUCUCGUGCACCUCCGAACAGACAAGGCCAACGAAUACGAGAAAGACGGGAAGUAGAACGGCCACGGAUGUCAUGUCGGUAUUGCGUUGAUAAGUCGCAAUUUGGAUUGAUCCGUCCGCUGCACAUACACACACCCUUAUAUUGA